AUGGCAGGCAUUGAAGAGCGAACCAUCAGAAUCAAACUCAAAACAUUUGGUCCUGGAAAAAGCACUGGAAUUUGCUUUAUUGCACAAGAUCUUAUAGGCCAAAAGAUGAUUCUGGGCAAAUAUACCUGUCUGCAAGGUGAUUAUGUUGGAAUCUUGAGAAACCCUUGUGCACUUAUACCUCCAAUUUUUAUGGCUGAUGAGCAUGGACGAUGUUUUGAGUGGAACGAUGCAAUGCAAAAAUUGUCUGGUUUAACUAGAGAAGAAGCCAUGGAGAAAAUGCUUUUAGGGGAGGAGAGAAUGCAGACAAAAUUAUUGUUUGGGCUCUUUGAUCGGCAUGGUAAUUACGUUGAAGCUUUGCUUUUUGCAAACAGAAGAACUGAUGCAGAGGGGAGGAUGACCGGGGUUUUGUGCUUUUUGCAUGUGACUUGUCGGAACUUAACAAUCGAAUUUAUAAUAUUUUAUACAUCAAAGAAAAUUAAUGGGAUUAAUGACGAAUUGAUAUAUAUGGUUAUUGCUGUUUUCUUGUCAAUAUACCUAAUAAAGCAGCUUCCAUGCACCAUCACAACAUUUAAUACUUGA